AUGAUCGAUACAGAAUUUGUGGAAGUCCUCGCAUUCAGGCAAAGCCACAUGUCGUUUUUUAGCAAGUCGGAUCUAAUGUUUGUGUGUAUGCUAAAACCAAUAUCAUUUGAGAUCGAAAAGCAAGAUUCAGAGAUUGAAGCAGCUAAGUGGAUGCCUGUUGAAGAAUACGCCAACCAGCCCUUUGUAAAGAAGCGCAAAUCCUUCGAGUAUAUUGCUAAGAUAUGCAUAGAACGGAAAGAUAACAAAUAUGUCGGCUUCACUGCAUUAUCUACAGCAAAGGCUACAUCUGCCACGAGCAGCUAUUUGUAUUCUCAUCAUCAUGAGGAGUAA